GAGCUAUUAAAGGACAAAGAACUUUUACAUAAAUAUAGUUGCGCCAAAUUUGACAUAACUCCACCAGAAAAGAAGAAGAGAGAAAAGAAAGAAAAGAAAGUAGAAGAAGAGAAGAAAGAACCUGAACCAGUUCCAGAGAAAAAGAAAUUUGACAUGUAA